AUGACGUCCUUACUCAGCAUCGGACAGCGCCUUAAAGGCCGCCUUUCGACUUAUUCAAUCGUAAAGGAGCUUCACAGGGCUGCCGACCAAGGCGCGGUGUUUCUCGCAACGAAUCACGACGGCAAGAAGUGCAUCGUCAAAAGCAUCAAGGGCCACUGGCGUCUACAAAAUGAGGCAGAUAUCCUCAAACGUUACCAGGGCAGAACCCCGUUUCUUCGUCCGCUCCUGGACGAGAUUGUCGAGCCCUCAGACCCGCCUUCAAUUGUCCUUAAGCACUUAGAUACCGACCUCCUGACUGAGUCCAAUCGCAAGAGGUUAUCGCGCCCUGAAAUCAAACAGGUUGCCAAAUGCGUUCUCCAGGCUCUUAAGGUAUUGCACGAAGACGGAAUGGUCCAUACAGAUAUCAAGCUGGACAAUAUCUUUGUCAACUACGGCAAAAACCAGCGAUUCAGCGAGAUACAAUUAGGUGAUUGUGGCGGCGUGGUGUCCCAGGACUCCGAGUUCGCCAAGGGCCACCUCAUCGGCGCAGGCUUCACUCGAAGCCCAGAGGCCACAUUCCAAAUUCCAUGGGGAACCGCCACAGAUAUAUGGUCAUUUGGCAAUGCUAUCCUGAGUCUCCUCUAUGGCGGCAACUACCAUCUCUUCAACCCCGCCAUCGACAAGGUCCGUCCCGAAGACGACUUGUACGAACUCACUGUGCUCAAGCGCAUGUACAAGUUCUUCGGCCCCUUUCCACGAUCGUACGAGGACUUCAACGACGAAGAGACCAUGAUAUUUGUGAACCACCUCAACAGCCAGGGCCCACCCGAAAAGCCCUUUCACCUGGUAACCAAGAGGGAAAUUCCGCCGGCGGACAACGUGUUCAUACGCAAGAUCAUGAAGCUGGAUCCACGCGACAGGCCCACGGCGGAGCAGCUUCUGCAGGAUGAGUGGUUUACCGAGGAGUCGGAAGAUACAAGAGAUCCACUUCCUGGGGAGAAGGGAGAUACCUCCUAA